CUCACUGGUGAGGUAAAACACGAAGUUUCCACAAGAUAUUGGUACACCUCUUCUCUUGCUCACAUUCGUCCAUGCAUUGCUUCUAACUGCUUAUAAAUAUUCCUGAAGUACUUUGUUGACCCUGAGCUACUGCAAGGCUGGCCUUCAUUUUGCCAAACCAACUUGCAAAACUGUGAAUGGCAGCAAAUUCUGUUCCCUACUCAAUCAACAAUCACUCAACAUCAUACAUUGAUACUUUACCUUUUUAUCAGUCAAAAAGUUUCAAACGUUACCAAAACGUUCUUUGCAUCUGCUUUUUCCCACUACUUCCUAUCUCUUGCCUUUUUGUGCUCAUCUCCUGGUUAUAUAUAAACACUACAUACUGCCCUCUUUUUCCUCAUCCUCAUUUCAGCACCUUCCAAUACUUUAGAACAUCUAAUAAAUUUAUCAGUACAAGUGUCUAAAAGCAUAAUGGCAUCAAUGUUCGCCUCCAAACACUCAAUCCUGCCCAUCACUUUCCUUUUGCUAUUCAACUUUACUAUUGCAUCGAGGAUUCUUGUACAGUCCUCGACUCAGCCUAUGUCUUUCCAAUACCAUAACGGGCCACUUCUAAGUGGCCUAUUUUCCAUCAACCUCAUUUGGUAUGGCAAGUUCAAGCCUACCCAAAGGGCUAUUAUCUCUGAUUUCAUUACCUCCUUAUCAGCUUCCCAGCCUGAGAGUAAACCCUUUGUUUCCAUGUGGUGGAAUACUAUUGAAAAAUACUAUCACCUUGCAAACCCAAAGAUGUCAGCAAGACUUUCUCUUUACACGGGAAAGCAAGUCAUUGAUGAGACUUGCUCCCUUGGUAAGUCCCUCACCACCAAGCAGGUUGAAGUCUUGGCCGCAAAGGGCCCAAAACAACCAAACGCCAUCAACGUAGUGUUGACUGCAGCUGAUGUAGCAGUAGAAGGUUUCUGCAUGAGCAGGUGUGCAACCCAUGGGUCAAAUUAUAUUUCCAAAAAAACUUCUCAAAAGUACACCUACAUCUGGGUUGGUAACUCGGAAACACAGUGCCCUGGUCAAUGCGCUUGGCCCUUCCACCAGCCCAUUUACGGUCCACAAAGCCCACCAUUGGUUGCGCCCAACAAUGAUGUGGGCCUUGACGGGAUGGUCAUCAGCUUGGCAUCCCUUUUGGCAGGGACUGUGACGAACCCAUUUGGAAAUGGGUACUACCAGGGCCCAAAGGAUGCCCCACUUGAGGCAGCUUCAGCUUGCGCUGGUGUUUAUGGGGAAGGGGCUUACCCUGGUUAUGCGGGGAACCUUUUAGUGAACCCCACGACCGGUGCUAGCUAUAAUGCAAAUGGCAUCAACAAGAGGCAGUAUUUGCUCCCCGCUUUAUAUAAUCCCACUACUUCAUCUUGCUCUACUUUGGCAUGAUAAAUUACAAGUCAGAUGAAAGAAAAACAUUAUGAUGAUUAAUUUCCCAUAAUGUAAAGCUGCUAGAACAUUUAGCUAGAUAUCUUCAGUUCUACUACAAAGCUGUAUAAUUGAAUUAUUCAAAAUGUAUAGUUGAUUUUGUCAAAGAAGAAUAAAUUGAACUAAAAGUUUUGUGUGCA